UUGACGACCACGGUGAUCGGUGUGACGGGUGGCAAAGUGGCCCUACCCUGUAAUAUAACGCCCCCCACAUAUGACGACGCCGUCUCCCUUAUCCUUUGGUACAAAGACGAGUCCACAACACCUAUAUAUAGUCUGGACGCGAGGAAAGGCAACUUAGAUCAGGCGCGACACGCGUCUGAAGAUAAUCUGAUAUCGCGAUCGUAUAUGAAUACCAUUCAAAGACCGGCGCAUCUCAUGCUUGAGCUCCUGUCGACAGAAGACGCCGGAGAAUAUCGGUGUCGCGUCGACUUCAGGAAAGCCAGAACCAGAAACUCUGUUAUCUUUCUCGAAAUUAUUGUUCCACCCGAGAAACCAGUCAUUAUGGACGGCAACGGAGAGCCACAGCCGGCCCUCAUCGGGCCCUACAACGAAGGCGACCGACUAGUGUUGGUGUGUGUGGUAGAGGGGGGCAAACCUACCCCAUCCCUCACGUGGUGGAGAGAGUCUGUAUUACUGGACGACAGCUACGAAAUGAUAGGCAACGGCGGAUCGGUUCGCAAUCAACUGGAGAUACAAUCACUUCAACGCCACGAUCUGAUGGCUGUGUUCACGUGUCAGGCCUCUAAUAAUAACAUAUCAAUGCCUACCUAUACCACAGUCAGCGUCGAUCUUAACUCCUCUCAGAAGAGCAGAGCCCCGGCAUAA